UUGUAUUUGUUGAAAAGGAGGGACGAAGAAGAAGAACAAGAAACGAAGAAGAAGAAGAAGGAGAAGGAGAAGGAGAAGGAAGAAGAAAGCUCUCUCCAGUUCUUCUGGCGUUCUUUCAAAUUCUCUUCUGUUUUGUUUUUUCCUUGUUAUUGUUCUCUAAUCGGAACGAAGUUUAGUGUUCUCAAUUCUAGUCUGGAAUGCUGAGGAUCUCUCAUUUGUAAACAAGCUUGUGGGUCGAACAAUUUCGCUCCUUGCUUCAAUUUUUCUCCGUCUUUUGGAAUUGAUCUGUUUAAAGAAAUAAUUAAACAGGCGUGACUGUUUUUGUUUUUGUUUUUUCACGAAUACAUUUGGGAAUUUCUAGUUGAACAAAUUCGGAGUGGAUUUGAUUUACAAGCGAAUUUUGCUCUCUUAUUUACCCAAUCGAUUCCUUUUCAUUUGUAAUCAUCUGGGGGACGUCUUGAAGUUUACAGAGGCUUGCAAAUUUAUGCAUUUUUUUAAACGGAUUUUUUAGUUUGUCUGAAGAAAAUCCAAACUGUUGGAAAGAUUGGAGAUGGUGGAAACAGGGCUGUUGUUCGAUAGUCGAAGAAGAGAACUCUGAGCGAUGGAACUCCGUCGUUGCAAUUUGGUUUCUGAUUCGCAUUUUCGCUUAGUCUGAAGAGUAAAAGAAGCGACCAUCUGGUUGGGAAUUUCUUUGAAUCACAGUUGUUUUUUGUACUGUGGCUUCUUUCGUUUUUUCCUCCAUUCGGUGGUUUGGGGCAGAGGGGAUUAUUUUGAUUCUUCGUUAUUCUUCAUCUCAUGGCAUCAGUCGCCUUCCUACGCUUCCCUUUUGAUUUUGCGCACUGGUUUUUGUUUGCUUCAGUUCAGGUUUUUCAGUUAUAUUUAAAAGCCUGAUGGAAAGGGAUACCAUAAGAACCAAUAAUAAUAAUAAUAGCAACGGCACCGCCAAUAACAAAGUGGACACAUCGGGGAGAAGCGGAGUGGACGUACUGAGAUCCAAUUCCGAUGCUACAAGACAAACAACCACACCAUCAUCGGACUUUGUUUUGCAGUGGGGAAACCGGAAGCGCCUUAGAUGCAUGAAGGUCCAAGGCAGAGAUAAAACCGACCCCGCCACUCCGGCUCACCGUACCACCACCGCCCGAGUCGACCGCCGAGUCGUUAGAACCGAUAAAGACUCCCCGAACCGGACCCAUGGUCCUCCUGCCAAUGGGUAUCUGAAUCUCCGCCAACGACCAUCUUCUCCUCAACUGCCCCCUCCUCACCACCGCAUUCUCAGGAACUCCGAGACGGCGGGGGCGAUGAGAGGGCACGGCAACGGUGGGGUUAGGGGAAUUGCGUCGCCAGACAGAGUGGCGCACGAUAGAAGAGGAGGAAGUAAUAACCACCAUCAUCAUUCCAACAACAAUAACAACAGCCAUCAUCAUCAUCACAAUGAGAAUAACAAUAAAUCGGGGACUACAUCGGAGACGGCGCACGAUAGUAAAAAAGGUGGGUCUUCCUCCGGUGGGAGUGGGGAAGCUGCUCUGCCUCAAGUAUGGCCGCCAAAAUUCGCUAUUGCUUUGACGAACAAAGAGAAAGAAGAGGAUUUCUUAGCCAUCAAAGGCUCUAAAUUGCCACAAAGACCCAAGAAACGUGCCAAGAUUAUCCAACGCACCGUCAACCUGGUGAGUCCGGGGGCAUGGCUAUCAGAUCUGACUCUCGAGCGGUAUGAAGUUCGGGAAAAGAAGAUUUCUAAGAAGAGACCGAGAGGAUUGAAGGCAAUGGGUAACAUGGAGUCGGAUUCAGAGUGAAAUGAGUGAGGAUUCACCAUAAAAUGUACAAACUCUAUGGAUUCCCUUUUUUUAAAAAAUGGUUAGUAGAUUGAAGGGGCAGAGCAGAGAAAGUAGGCAAUUUUUUUUCUUUGUUCCUUUCCUCUCUUGAUUUAUUUAUUCAUUCUAUUUCAUUCAUCCUCUUGAAAA